AUGACGAAGGACUGGAGCCGUUUGUGGAUUCGAAACCUGGGGAGAGACGAUCGAUGCAUUUCUGAGUUCGGAAGAGAGAUGAGAACACCUUUCCUGGAUGAGGAUGUGAGCGACUAUCUUCGAAAUACGUGUUUCGAUUGUGUAAUGGAAUGGAGUGAAACUAAUGAGCAGAUAGUAGAUUUUUCGAUUCCGAGGGGCGAGGGAGACAAGCUGAUCUUGCGAAACGUUUCUUCAUUGCUAAACCUGUCCUUUUGUAAGUCUCUAAGCAAACGGGCAAUCCAGUUCGGUAGUAGGAUCGUAAAGUCGUCAUAA